ACAAAAAAAAGUUUUGAAAGUGACAAUUUUGAAUUUUAGGCACUUGUGCAAGCCUAAUGUGUACACACAGAUUUUAAAUAUUACUGAAAGCACAAUCAAACAAGGUGAGCCAGUUAUAAACUUUGAAGGUGGGGUGGGGGCACGGGAACUCAAUUGGACAACCUGAGAGUAUUUUACUUUCAUGUCAUUAGACUCUUGACGGUGAAGGAUACUACACACCCCAGAAGAUGAAGUUUAAUUCAUUUGUGUGCUUAUGUGUUGCUGGAUUCAUACUUCUCAAUAUAUCAGGUUCAUUUUGCCAGUCAGAUGUGUGUGGCCAAGCCCCGCUAAACACCAAAAUUGUUGGAGGGGAGGAUGCAUCUGCAGGGUCUUGGCCCUGGCAAGUAAGCAUACAAAGUAGCACCUAUGGAGGCCAUUUCUGUGGUGGGAGUCUCAUCAGUCCGUCCUGGGUUUUGUCUGCAGCUCACUGUUUUCCGAGCCUUCCUAGCGAUACCAUGGUGUACAUAGGACGUCAAAGCCAAACAGGUUCAAACCCAAAUGAAAUGUCCAGCACGGUGUCUCAAGUUUUCACACAUCCUGGCUAUACAAGUUCGUCAGACAAUGACAUAGCUCUCCUUCAGCUCUCAUCUCCUGUGGAGUACAGUAAUUAUAUUCAGCCCGUCUGUCUGGCUGCUACAGGUAGCACGGUUGGUGCAGGUACAAUGAGCUGGAUCACAGGAUGGGGAAAACUCGACCCUAACUCCCACCAACUCCCCGAUAUCCUGCAGGAAGUGGAGAUACCAAUUGUAAGUGACAGUACUUGCAAAAGUGCCUACGGAUCAGAUAUUACAGACAACAUGAUAUGUGCUGGAUUAAGUCAGGGAGGAAAAGACUCAUGUCAGGGUGAUUCUGGAGGGCCACUGGUGGUUAGGACCGGCACUCAAUGGAUUCAGUCUGGAAUUGUGAGUUUUGGUCAAGGCUGUGCUGAACCUGGAUUUCCCGGUGUGUACACAAAAGUCUCCAAUUACCAGGACUGGAUUCUCUCUCACAUAAGCAGCGACCAACUUGGUUUUGUUCAGUUCUCCUCCGCUAGCAGCUACUCAUCCAAAUACUUUGUAUUUAUAAUGUCCCUGAUAUACUUUAUUAUUACUCUAUUAUUCUAAUAUAAAAAUUCUGGGGGCUAUUUGUGUUGUUUAGUAAGCUAUUAAUAUACUAUUUAAUUUAAAUCUAACUGUUUUAAAAAAACGUUUAAAAGCAGAGCCGAUCCGCCCUAUACGCAGGCUACGCGAGCUGCGUAGGGCCCCGCACCGCUAGGGGGCCCCCUUGCUCUUAACUUCAUGCAGCGCUGCACAGACCAGCUGGCGAGUGCCGCGGGAGCCAUUCGAAAUUAUAACAAGCAGUCUGAUCUCACGAUACUUUAAUUACAGUUGUCAGUCCAUCUAUGUAGCUCCGCAUGCGGUUGACACGCCUAUCAACAUGCGUCUUCAUUCGGAUAUUAAAGCUAUCCGCCCGAAGCAGGAAAGACAAGCGCCAUGAAGGUGAAGUAAAAAGAUUAAGAACACAAAAUUCCUAUUUAGUCUUGAAUAACCAUGCAAUGGAUUUAUAACAAACACUGCAGUCCUAGAUUCAGUUUUAGUCCAGCGUGUUUUGUUAGAAAUGCUUGUACACAUUUAUAAUCAAAAUCUUACAUACGUGUUAAAAAAAUAAACGCAUUUAUUCAUGUAAGAUGUUGUGUGACUCCUGUUAGCAUUUUAAAACAAUGCACAUUAGGUCUAAUGUGUGCAUAUUUAGAGAAUGAUUUAUGUAUUUUGGUGUGUUUAUCCGUGGAGUCUGAUCAUGCCUUAGUUUUUAAACAAUUUGGAAUAUCUGUUGAGUUAUUUGUUAUAGUUUAUCUGACAGCUAUUUUGGUUUAUUUUAUUCAUAAUUUUAAAUUUACGUGAUAUUCUACAUCUCUUAAAAAAUAAUAUAUUUGGCAGUAGACCUUGUUUUCUAAAUACUAAUGUGACAGAUUAAGGGCUUUUCAGAAAACAUGUGUCAAUGUUAUUCUGAUGAGUGUCAAAAUAAUGUCCAUGUGGCAAAAAUGUACAGCUAUAAGAUAAUACAAUGUGUUUUAGUCAACAUUUUGUUUAUAGCUACAUUUUAGCAGAGACAGUGAAUGUUUUUUUAUGAAUGCGAUGACAGGGCCCCCUCACAAAGUUGCUUAGGGCCCCCAGAAGGCCAGGAUCGGCUCUGUUUAAAAGUUUUUCUUUCUUUUCAACGAGAGAAUGUUUGCUUAUAUGUUUUAAGUCAAAAUUCAUAACCAAAUCUUGCCUUUAAACCAGAACUGGUAUUUUAACUCAAUUUCAUUAACUAAUGUGAACAGACACUUUUGUUAUACUUCAUCUCGAGUCUGACUAACAGUUAAAAAGCUCAAAAUGACCAAAUUGUCGAAAAUGUAUUUAACUUUAAUGAACUUGUUACACAGUCUAAACUGAAUAAAUUAUAUUUAUAUAUUCAAAAAAGACAUUGGCUUGGAAAGUCUUUGUCUUUCUUUUUGUUGUGUAGAACACGGUGUCAGAUUACAUCAUGGGCAAAUAUGAUAACAAUUGUUGUUGCGUGACUCCUCUUUUUAAAGAAAUAUAUUUCCUGGAAAUCCAUUGUGACAUGCAGCUAGAUAUACAAAAACUCUCUAAAACUUUUUGUCACAGGGAAUGUUCUGGUAAUUGUGACUUUGUUAAAGUUGGAUUAGCAGAUCUCUACUAGCCGAAAAUGUAUCCGAAUGCGCAUGCUUUGGGCCAAUCUAAAAGUUUUUUUUAUAACUGAUCAUUCAGUCCUGUCAAGCAUAAACAGCCACCUACAUUGCAUUCCUUAUAUUUACUGAAAUUGCAGUGUUUUGGUGUGAUGACACAUUACAUAUGUAAGCACUUGAGAGAAUCUUGUAUUUAUUUGUUCUCUAAUUGUUCUCAAUGUUCUUAAAGACCAGGGCCCGGUUGCAUAAAGCACCUUAAGUUUUUUCCUUAAGUAUGACACUUAAGGGGUAAAUUCCCCUUAACUUCUGUAAGAUAAUAAUUAAAGAGUUUUGCAUAUAAUCCCUUAAACGGUUCUCUUAGGUAAGAGUAAUCGUUAAGUGUUUCAUGACAGUGACCCCAGUUUGUUGUUAUAAAAUGCUAUUGUUGCCAUGGAGACACAACAGAAAAAACUUAAGGGUUUUUCUGCAACACCCUUAAGUUUAAAGGAAACAACUUAAGGGAAAAUUACACUUAAGGUGCUUUAUGCAACCGGGCCCAGCCACAUAUAUGCCUGACCAUACAGCCACCUUAUACUGUAUUGUACUGUAAAUACAUCACCCAUCCAUCCGUUGGCCCAAGGGCUGAAACCAACGGCAUGGUGAAGGAUUUGCGGAUGAUGUUUUGGCAUUACAUAAUUUAGGUAGUUUUAUCUGACACCAAAAGAUAAAGAUCUCAUUUAUAAUACAAAUCGAAUUGAUUUUUACUUUUUACCACUUUUACAGAAUUUAGAUGGAUGUUUGUUUAUUCUGAUAGCUCUGGUAUUACACUCGUUCAUGUGGUUCUCAUAGUCGCACUAGUAUGGGCCUUAUAAUUAAUAUACUGGUAAACGAUCAUAAGCGAAUCACUGUUGGUCGCUGCUAGAGGUUGGGCUAUACACUUAAGUGGCCGCCCUAUGCUUGCUCAAUUUUAAACGUG